UCGGCUGGCGACGUCCGGCUUGCCACUGCCCAUUUCGCGAAAUGAGCUCGGCCGCGCUCGCAUCACAGCUCUCGAGCUGCCUCGCCGACGCCGGCGGCGACUACGCCUACUACGCCUGCGUCAUCGCGUCCGGCCUCUUCACAUCGCCGAGCUGCGACCUCGCGUGCUCAGGCCAUGGCUCGUCCGCGUGCUGCGACGCGCUCACGACCGCGACCAACUGCGUCGCGCAGACCGCCACCGCGAGCUGCAAGAAGGUAGUCGACAGGACGCUAUCGAGCAUCACACAGUGCGGCGGCCUCUCGUCCGCGGCUAUUGGCGCCAUCACGAUCGUAAGCCUUUUGCUUGUCGCCGUCGUCGCGGUCGCGGGCCUCGUCGUCGUCGCCAAGCGCCGGGCGACCGCCGACCCGCGCAACAAGUGGUCGUACCUCGUACGCAACCUCUCGCAGAUGCGCGUUCUUGUCUGGAAGAACAUGCUCCUCGCGCGAAAACACCCGUGGCGCACGCUUAUCGAGAGCCUCUUACCGCUCGUGCUCGUCGUCGCGCUCGUGAUCCUCGGCAACCUCGACACGAUCGCCGGCUCGAACGACAGUUCAACGUCCGUCACGACACGGCCCUGCACGAGCACCAACUGCUCGGUGGUCAUGUACUUGAACUGCAUGGACACGCUCCCGAAUAUCUUUGGCAUUGGCAGUCCGUCGUCGACUGCCACGUCCUUCUACUCGAGCGGGCAGCCGGUCUUUGGCAUGUUCUUCCUCCUCUCGUACCUCCGCUUUGUUCCGUCGCUCACCUCCAAGAUGGUGCUCGAGAAGGAGAAGCGGCUCACCGAAGGCAUGCGUAUGAUGGGCCUCUACGAAGCGCCGCUGCUGCUUUCGUGGUACAUCUCUGGCUUUCUUCAGUACACCCCGAUCGCGCUACUGCUCGCAGUCGAGCUCAAGUACGGCAACGUCUUCCCGAUGGCCGACCUCGCGACGCUCUUCCUCUUCUUUGCGGCGUUUGGCCUUGCGAUUGUGAGCUUUGCGAACCUCGUCGGCGUCUUCUUCAACAAGUCCAAGACGGCUGCGAUCGCUUCCGUCUUGGUGUGGGUCCUUGCCUUCUUGCCCUUCUACCUUGUCCAGAGCAAGUCGCUGGCGCAACAGUAUGGCGCUGCGUGGAGUGCCCCGACCGCCUUUGCCAUCGGUAUCAACUACCUCGUGGUCCAAGCCCAGCGGGGCACGGACGUCUACUACGCGAUCGCAACUACGACGUCGCCGAUCUCGAAUGUGAUUACGACCGGCGACAUGACGUGGUACCUCUUGCUCGACAGCAUUUGGAUGCUUGUGCUUGGCUGGUACUUUCAGCAGGUCGUGCCGCAAGCGUACGGCGUCCGCAAGCACUGGCUCUUCCUCUUCACGCGCGACUAUUGGUGGCCGGCGCCGCGGACGCCGACGCCGGUCGAGUCGCCGUCCUUCCACUACGCAGACAUGACGUCGGUGCCAACGCCGAAUGACGGCCCGAGCGUCGAGCCGCCGACGCAAGCGUUGCGUCUCAAGGAGCAGGCCGGCGAGUGCGUCCAGCUCGUCGGACUCCGGAAAACGUUCAAGACGGACGACGGCGACAGCAAGGUUGCCGUCCACAACCUCCAUGUGACCAUGUACGCCGGCCAGAUCACGGCGUUCCUCGGGCACAACGGCGCGGGCAAAACGACCACGAUUUCGAUGCUCACGGGUCUCUUCCCGCCGACCAAAGGCACGGCCUACGUCUUUGGCAAGACGAUCACGGACGACAUGGACGCGAUCCGCGCCAGCAUGGGCGUCUGUCCGCAGCACGACGUGCUCUACGACGAGCUCUCGGUGCUCGAGCACCUCCAGCUGUACGCGGCCCUCAAGGGCAUUGACGACGCAAGCACCCAGAUUGACGCGAUGGUCGCCGAGGUCGGACUCGUCGAGAAGCGCCACGUCGCGUCGGCCAAGCUCUCGGGCGGCCAGAAGCGCAAGCUCAGCGUCGCGAUCGCGCUGCUCGGGAAGAGCCAAGUGGUGUUUCUGGACGAGCCUACCUCGGGCAUGGACCCGUACUCGCGCCGGUUUACGUGGAACGUGCUCCAGCGCAACCGCGAGAACCGGGUCAUGGUGCUCACGACGCACUUUAUGGACGAAGCCGACCUGCUCGGCGACCGCAUCGUCAUCUUGUCGGACGGUCGGCUCUGCUGCGCGGGCUCGUCGCUCUUUCUCAAGCAGCUCUACGGCACGGGCUACAACCUGACGCUCGUCAAGACCAACAGCUGCAACGUGACGGACCUCGUGGCGUUUGUGCGGCGCUUUGUGCCCGACACGAACGUGCUUAGCAACGUCGGCGCCGAAGUCGUCUUGCAGCUGCCAACGCACGCAAGUCCGACGUUCCCCGACCUCCUCCGCGCUCUUGACCAGUCGCUCCGGUCGCUCGGUGUCGCCGAAUAUGGCAUCUCGGUCACGACGCUCGAAGAAGUCUUCCUGCGGAUCGUAGCCGACGGCAAACCGCCCGCCGGCAACGGCGACAUGGAGCUGCGCGAGUGGCGCGCGAGCCAACUCGGUUAUAACGAGCCCAAGCGCCGGCCCACGCAGCGCACACGGACGGCGUCCUUUGCGUCCCAGUACUUUGCGAUGUUGCACAAGCGGUUUCGCGUCUCGAAGCGCGACAAGAAGGCGUGGGUCUUUAUGGUGCUCAUUCCUGUGCUCUUCCUCGGCAUGCUCGCGCUCAUCCCGAGCAUUAACGUUGCCAGCUACCUCCCCACGUACGACAAGGCGGAUUCGUAUGCCGCCGAGUACUACAACGCGUGCGCCGCCUCGGUGCAAAGUACCAACAAGUGCGCAUUUGGCAACACGAUCGGCGGCAACUGCCAGUGCCAAGCCAAAGGUGACGUCUUUGUCUGCGACAGCUCGACCAGUUCGUGCUCGUCGGGCACUGUGGCGGCCAACCAAACAACGUCGUCGUACCCGUACUGUACAUCGCCGGGUGGGCCGAUCCGCAACAAGACGGCGUGUCUCAACAAGUGGUUUAGCCACUGCUCGCUCGGCCUUGGCAACUGCAAUGCGACGUCGUGCUGCGACGCUACGCAGCCGAUCUCGCCGUAUUAUCCGUGCUCGAGCUGCGCGUCCAACAAGUGGCCAUGCUACAAGGGUGGCUGUUUGAUGAAGGACGACGCCAAGCUCCAAGGCCAGAUCAACGUCUUCCUCGCGUCGCUCAUCAUUGUCAUUGGCUUUGCAUUUGUGCCGGCGUCGAUCGUUGUGUUUAUCGUGAAGGAGAAGGACCCGCACCAGAACGCCAAGUACCAGCAGCUCGCUUGCGGCUCGUCCGUGUUUGCCUACUGGUUUUCGAUUUGGACGCACGACGUGCUCUUCAUGCUGCUGCCGGUCGGCGUCGCUGUCGCCUUGCUGCCGUCGUUUGCGAGCUUCCAGAACGACUCGGCGUCGAUUCUCGGCGGCCUCGCCCUUCUGCUGACGCACGUGCUCUCGAUGCUGCCGCUCGCGUACCUCUUUACGUUUCGAUUUACAAAGCACGCGGCCGCUCAGACGUCGGUGCUGGUGUUCUGCCUCGUCACGGGCGGUCUUCUCAGCAUCAUUUCGUUUCUCUGCCGCUUGAUCGACUUUGAGUUGAUCAAGAACCAGCUCACAUUCGCGCAGCUCGACACGCAGUACCUGCGCUGGGUCUACUUGCUCUUUCCCGGGUACGCGCUCACGGACGGGCUCUUCCAGAUUGGCAUGCGCAAGUACGGGAACCCGUUUGGCGGCGCCGACAUUGUCGCAACAUCGUGUCCGCUCGCCAAGUCGUGCUGGAGUGCCAACGUGGCCGGCUGCUGCGUCCCGGACGUCUUUGAGUUCAACAUUGCCGGCCGCAGUCUCCUCUACGGCGUCGCCGAAGUGGUUCUUUUUUCGCUUUGGGUGCUCUACGCCGACCGCGCAACGCAGACGUACGAGGCGCGCCGGCAGCAGCCCAACAAGGCGCUUGAGAAUAUGGACAGCGACGUGGCCGCCGAAGCGAUUCGCGUCAUGCAAGGCCGCGCCAGUGGCGACAACGUCGUCUUGCACAAGCUCCACAAACAGUACGGCGCCGAGAAGGUUGCGCUGCACCAGCUCAGCCUCGGCAUCCCGAAAGGCGAGUGCUUUGGCUACCUUGGCAUCAACGGCGCGGGCAAGUCGACGACGCUGCAGAUCCUCCAUGGCGCGCUGCAGCCCACCUCUGGCUCGGUCACGGUCAAUGGCCAUCCGUUGCCAGCCGAACUUCGCGCGGCGCGGGCCUCGACCGGCUACUGUCCGCAGUUUGACGCACUCCACGACUUGCUCACGGUCCACGAGGAGCUCGAACUCUACGCGCGUCUCAAGGGCGUUGUGGACAUCAAGGGCGCGGUCGCCGCCAAGAUCGACCAGUUUGGCCUGCACGCGUUUGCAGCCAAGCGGACGCAGGGCCUCAGUGGCGGCAACAAGCGCAAGGUGUCGACGGCCAUCGCACUGCUCGGGUCGCCGACGCUGCUGCUACUCGAUGAACCGUCGACGGGGAUGGACCCGGCCGCGCGGCGCGACAUGUGGGACGUGAUUGUCGGCGUUCUGCAAGAGAAGAGUUGUUCGGUGAUUUUGACAACCCACUCGAUGGAGGAGUGCCAAGCACUCUGCACGCGCAUCGGCAUCCUCGUGAGUGGGCAGCUUAAGUGUCUUGGCACGGCGCAGCAUCUCAAGCACAAGUUUGGCCGCGGCUUUACGCUCGACCUCAAGCUCGAGGCGCCCGAGGGCGACGUGAUGCUCGCGUUGCCGACCACCAAGCCGUCGCUGGCACUGGAGGACCUUGAAGGCCUCUGCGAGGCCAUGGGCCAGAAGGACCGGCUGGAGCUCUUGGCGAUCGACUGGGUCAUCGCCCACUACCUCGAGAAGGACGGCAGCGUCCCCAUCGACGUCCUCCGGCAGUGGUGGGUGCUGCAGGACUGCAGCCAGCGCCUUAUCGACGCGCUCUCGUUUCAUGUCCCCGGCGUCGUCCUCGUCGAGAGCCACGGCGAACACUUUCGCUUCCAAGUCCCCAAAGUGCACGGCCACACGCUCCAGUCGCUCUUUGCGUGGAUGGAAGACCAGAAGGAGGCGCUGCAGAUCGCGCAAUACAGUGUGAGCGACACGACGCUCGAAGAGAUCUUCAACACGAUGGCGGCGGGCCAGGACGAGGAAGUCGGCGUCGUCCACGGGCUUCGCCAGCGCUCCAAGAACGGCAGCAGCCUCCGCCCCGUGCGCACGUACCACCGCGGCACGUCGCUGAGCUCGCUCUCUUCGCAGCGCCGCGAGUACGACUUGUAAGUAUCUAACCCGAAUCUGUAACUAUUGUAGUAUCAAUCUAUCGACUUUGUGCAAAGCUGCC